CCCAUCACCACCUGCACCGACGCCCUCCCGCCCUCCUCCUCCCCGAAGUCCACCAGGACCAGGCUGGCGGAGACCGGGUCCACGGGGAACCAUGGAGUCGCCCUCACAUGAGUCUCAGUGCCCAGCUGCAUUAGAAAUGGGUAGGAGAACUGUGGAGGUGACACGUGAGGAGUCCAGCCAGCUGACGACGGGGGGUAAAACAUCCAACGUGUGCAAACGUGGAUUUUCUGAUUCGCCGCCGCCGCUCCGUCUUCCACCAGCGACCGCCGCAGCAGCAACGCAGACGGCGAGCACAAAGCCCGAGGACAGGACGCUGGUGGCGUGCGGGCGGCUGAGUGAUGGGAGCGAGGCGGCCUCUCUCCAGGGCCAAUAUCUUCCGGCGUCACUCACAUUCAAAGGGACCGUAUGUCUGGCGAGCGCUGACCCCAGGAGCAGCUUUUCAGUCCACGCCACCAUCGACGGAAAAGCUUCAGUAUCGGCGGCUCAACAGCAGGGAGCACAAGGGUUGAACAGCAACACCACCAGCGAGGGAAGCAAAACUCAGUAUCACAGAGACCUUUGCCUGCAGGUAGAGGAGAGGAAACAACUGAUGGAAAGGGAGAGAAGUAGAGAUGUUGUUGAUGAGCAAAAGCACAACGACACCAUGCAGCACACCGUCUGGGGGAGGCCGGGAAGCGGCGCCCCGAACCACCACCUGGGCACGGCGAGGCGGAGCGGCGGCCUCCACGCCGCCGGGAUCUUACCGCAGGAGCAGGUGAACAAAGGACCUGGGACGAAGUCUUCGGCGGGAUCCCCCCCCCCUUCUUCUGCCGCCCGUGAAACCAAGACCACGACGUCCCCAAAACUGAGAGCGCCGAGAGCCGCGGAGCCUCUCGGCUUUGGUCAGCGUCGGUUUCGGGUCGGCGCGUUGCGACGGCGGCAAAAGGAAAAAUGCGUCAAUAAACAAAAGGAGUCCGAACAACUGGAGACGAUGAACUAGAGAGCCUCCUCUUUACGGAUGUAGCGCCAACAUUUUCCACUUUGCGUACCAAGAAUGGACUCAUGGCCUUCGUCGUGUAUUACUGUGAUGUUAACAUUAUUAUACUUCCAUAAGCGGCGGAAGAGGAUGAAAUAUUGUGAUUUUUUUUGUCUCUAGUAUUGAUUACUAGUCAGAAUUAUUUUAUUUUUGUCUGAAAUUGGUAAUCACGUUUACACAAAGACUCUUACACUUUCAACUUUCAUUUUAAGUUUCGACAACAUAGUAGAUUGAGCAACCAGAAACACCGUAAAUGCAAAUAAUCAUCAAGAAAAUGGCCGGAGAUGAGAGGGUGCACUUGGUUUAUUCGUUGGCAAAGCGAAGGAUGAAGGAGAGAUUAGACGACGGUGAUCGUGCUCGAGGCAGCUAACUGAUAGCUUCUAGCUAACUGAUAGCUUCUAUCUCUAACUGAUAUCUUCUAGCUAACUGAUAGCUUCUAUCUCUAACUGAUAGCUCCUAGCUAACUGAUAGCUUCUAUCUCUAACUGAUAUCUUCUAGCUAACUGAUAUCUUCCAGCUAACUGAUAGCUCCUAGCUAACUGAUAGCUUCUAUCUAACUGAUAUCUUCGAGCUAACUGAUAGCUUCUAGCUAACGUCGUUCAUACAUUAGCCUCCUUUGGGACUACCGCUGUCAGUGUCCUCCGAAAUUGUUUUACAUUUUAAUCUUUAAAUAAGUACAUUUGAAAAAUUAGGACUUGCCUUUUAACACGAGACGAAUGAAACCCCUUUCACAUUUGUAGAGUAACUGUGGCUGAAGCCAGCGCCAUGUUAGCUUAGCCUAGCAUAAAGACUGGAAACAAGGGGACACAGCUAGCUGUCUUUGUCCAAGGGCAAGUCCGCCUAAGCUAAGGGAGCCGCUGCAUCCAAUCAUGAGAGGAGCAUCGAUCCUCUCAUAAUAUAUGCCACCCAAAAUGUUGAAUUACCCCCUUUUUAA